ACCAUGAGCUUUUGUGUGAAUGUUUUUGGACAAUUCUGUACUGUGCUGUCUUCAAACCAGUGCAACACUAUCCUCUGUGUGCCAAAAGUGGCAUUGCAUUUGGUAAGUAUGUCGAGCCAAACAUGUUUUUUUUUGUGGCGUGGAGGGCUUUUUGUUUUGCAUUACUGUAUUUGUUUUUCUACUAAACCAUCCUCCAUACAUAUGUAUUUGUUCCAUUUUUUGUUUCGUUUCGGGAUUAUACUGUGAGGAACAUUAAUCUUGAAAGUGACUGGAACUGAGCUUUUUAGUUGAAAUUUAAGCAAAAGUAAAGUACUUGUUUGCAUUGUAUUUUGUUCUGUUAUAUCAUCCUUCGUAUUAUUUGUUUGUUUUUGUUUAUGCAUUGGUCCAUCUUCUGCUUAUUCUCACUUGGGUUGCAUGCGUGGUGAGCUAUUUAUUGUAUACUAAGGAAAAUGUUAAAAAGAAACAUCUGAGAACCACAUCAAACAAUGAAAGUGGGCUUGACCAUGCAAAUGAGGAGCAAACUGUAACGGACAGUGACUGUUGGGCUUUGGCAUCACUCAUCUGAUUGGCUGCUUUUGUUCUUUUGAACUGCAAGUGUCCCUUUUCCUUUUUAGGAGGAUGGGUUGGCAGGGAGGGGGUUCACUUACAGGCAGAAGACCUCUUCAUUACAGUUAGGUGGCCCUGCUGUGUGGACUCUUGAAUGGUGUGGCAUGCCGAUGAUGUGUGGAAUAUAGAGGGGGGAAAAAAACAGAUGGCGCUGCAGACUCCUCAGAGGCAUGAGAAGGCCGGCUGGCCAAGGGAAGAGUUGAGCUGCCUCCUGGUUGGGGAUGGAGCUGUGGGGAAGACGAGCAUGAUCAUCAGCUACAUCUUCAAUGGGUACAAGAGCGAGUACAGGCAGACCACUUUCGACGUGUUUACUGGUUUGGUUUAUGUAAAUGGAGUGCAAACACGACUUAAACUGAUCGAUACAGCUGGACAGGAUGAGUUUGGCCAUCUCCGUUCUCUAUGCUACGCCCACGUGGACGUCUUCAUGCUAUGUUUCAGCCUCAUCAAUCCCGUUUCAUUGGACAACAUCACUUCCAAAUGGAUCCCGCAGAUCCGUGCACAGAAUCCCAGCUCCCCCAUCAUCUUGGUGGGUACCCAGUCUGACCUUUGCCAUGACGCGGACAUCCUCGUUCAUCUGGCCCGGCGGCGUGCCAAACCAGUUGCACCGGGCCAGGCCAAGAGGCUGGCACGCAGGAUCCGAGCUUACGGCUACAUGGAGUGUUCGGCUCUGACCCAGCAUCGCCUCAAAGAUGUGUUUGACUGUGCCAUCUUCGCUGCCAUCAAGCACAAGCACAAUGCUGCAAAAACCAAAACGCUUGGCUUGGUUAAAUGCCUGAAGACUUUUGGUGAAUUUGAAUGGAGGAGAAUCUUCAAAUAAUGUGAGGAGAUUGGCUGCUCUGUCUAGGACUGGAGUGACAAACCUUUUUCUCAGUUGUGUAUAUUCUCUCAACAUUUUGGGCCUGUAGUCCCUCUUGGCUUUUAUUUCUUUUUCAAAUUGGAUGGCCUACGAACUAUGGGUUCCAUACACUUGAUUGAUGAAAUGGACAUCAGGAGGCCACAUUUUACUUUCUAAUUCUUUCAUGUUUUCUUCAACUCCUGUGUUUGUUGCUAUUUUUGUCAUUCGUGUUUUUGCAUAUGUGGAAUAAGUGUAUAAUAAAUACACUACAGAGCAGCACACAUUUCA